AUGAAUUAUCUCAGCCCAAAUGUGAAAAGAGGCAAUUUCACUGAGCAAGAAGAAGAUCUUAUCAUUAGGCUACACAAGCUGCUUGGUAAUAGGUGGUCACUGAUUGCUAAACGAGUGCCGGGUCGAACGGAUAAUCAAGUGAAGAAUUAUUGGAACACACAUCUUAGUAAGAAACUCGGAAUCAAAGAUACGAAAACCAAACCGAGCAAUAAUGGUGAAAUUGUUUAUCAGAUCAAUCUCACGAAUCCUACCGAAACAUCAAAAGAAGAAACAAAAAUCUCGAAUAUUCACGAUAACAAUAAUAUUCAUAGAGAUGGAAUUCAAGAAGAUCGUCAAGGAAGCAACUACUUGAGUUCACUUUGGGUUCAUGAGGAUGAGUUUGAGCUUAGUACACUCACCAACAUGAUGGAUUUUAUAGACGGACACUGUUUUUAA